GGCAUCAAUUACGCGGAGCAGCCCACCGGUAAGCUCCGCUUCAAUCCAGUACAGUGGCCUUCUGCUUCAUUCAAUGGGACACGGGAAGCCAAGUCCGGUGGGAAAUUUUGUAUUCAGUAUGUCAAGACUGAAUUGGCAUACGGCGAAGACCGUUUGAAUCUCAAUGUUUACAGGCCAUCCGUUGUGAGCCUGGCCAAGAAACUGCUUGUUUUGGUCUAUGAUGGAUCCAUGGACUUCGUCUGUUACGGCCUCGCGAGAGCCUCUUAUCGUUGUGACCUUCAACUACAGAGUGAGUCCACUGCUACACUGGCUAACCUCGCCUGUACUGGUUGA